AUGAAUUUUAUUUUAACAGAAGUUAUGCUACAUAAACGUAGAUUUUUUUUGAAAUGGAUAUCAAUUAUAAUUGCAUAUAUAUGUAUUUUUUUACUCAGUUAUGAAUAUGGUACAAGUAAAAGACAUAUUCCAGUAGAAGAAGUAACAAAUGAACCACGUCAUUUAACAAUUAAACGACUUUUUUAUGAUCAUGUAGAAUAUCUUAAUUCAUCUAUGAUUUUAAACAUGAUUAAUAAAGAAUUGAAACAAUUGUUACCUUUUGAGAUGGGUAAUAAAAAUUUAUUCACAUAUUAUAUGAAAGAAUAUUUUUUUCUAUGGUUAUAUUCAUCAUGGAUUCAAUUACGUCAACAUACUUAUAUUCAAAAUGAUCUUAUUUUAUUUAUUUCUUCAUCAACAAUACCUAAUGAUUUUAAAAAACUUAAAAAUAUAACUAAAAGUUUAAAUAAUAAAAAUCAAUUUAUUAUAUAUUCAUGUACAACAUUAAUUGAUUCAAUAUUAAAUAAAAAUUAUAAAAUAUUAAAUAAUUUUUCAAUACAUUUUCAUAUGGAACUUGCACGUUUAUUUUAUUGGCAACAAACACGUCUUUCAUCAUUAUUAUUAUUUCUUAUAGAUGAAUAUAAAAAUAAAUUAUUAAUAUAUGAUUAUAUAUUUCGUUUAGAUAUUGAUUCAUUUUUAAUGUCAAAUUUUUAUGUUUAUCAACAAACAUCAUCAUUUAUACUUGGUGAAUCAAUACCUUAUGAUCAAUAUACAUUAAAUAGAUUAGAAAGAAUACAAAAAUAUUUUUAUUUAAAAUCAAAAUCUAAAAUAAUGAAACAAUCAAUAACAAUAAGUUGGUUUGGUCGAUUAAAUUUCAUAAGUAAAUUAACACGUCAAAUAAUAUUAAUGGCUUUAUGGUUAAUUAAAGAAGAAUUUACUGAAUCUGAACGUUUACAUCAUUUAACUUAUUUAAAUUAUCCAUCAUGGUAUAUUGAUGGACUAUUAGAAUAUGCAACAGCUAUUAUACUUUCUCUUAAUCAAUAUGAAAAAUUUUAUGAUAAAAUUUUUUAUCAAUUUGAUUGUCAUCAUGUAUUAACUAAUUGUCUUCAUAUAUCUUUUCGUGAUCCAUCACAUCAUUUACAUUUAUCAAAACAUUCACUUCGUUUAUUAACAAAUAUUAAUCAAAGUAAUUUAACAAAUAAUGAAUUAUAUAUAUAUAGAACUGUGAUUAAAUCAAAUGGAAUGUUUCAAUUAUAUUUUUCAUAG